AUGCUAACCGCCCAGGCCAUUGCCUUCGCCGAGCUCUCCAAACCAGCACGCGCCGAGGUGAUUUCCGCAUCUGUAGCUGAUGCCUAUACACUGCAUGCAAAGUACUCAUCAAUCACCGUUGAAGAAUUAGCCGUCGAGAUUGCGACUAACCCAUACUACUCAUACUCGUUGGAGAAGACUGUUAUUAAUGCACUCCGUAGGUUAAAGCUUAAGCUUACUCAAGGGCCCGUCAAACAGAAGAUAAAUGACGCCGUCAUGGAGAUGUUCGAUCAACUCGUGACUGCCGAUAUACCGUCAAUGGAGCCCUCCUCGCAGGUGAAGACGCCCCUUCUGCACCACCAGAAGCAAGUAUUCUGGUUUAUGACGCAGAAGGAAAAGCCUCGCGCAUUUGGACCGAAAGAAGAAGACAACAAUUCGCUGUGGCGUAUCGAAAUCCAGUCCAAUGGAAGCAAACGGUACAAAGACAUAAUCAGUGGCGUCGUUGUUGAUCAGGAACCUCCGCAGAUCCUCGGUGGCCUUUUGGCCGACAUGAUGGGCCUAGGAAAGACUCUUUCUUUGGCUCUCUCUUCGCUCAAAGAGUCACGCGAAUGGACGAGGCAAAUGCCUAACCGCCAUCUCGUUCGACAAACUCCAGGAAUUCGCAAUACCAAGACUACUCUAUUAGUUAUGCCACUCAGUGCUGUCAAUAAUUGGGUGGCUUAA